AUGUCGGAUCUCGAUCACUUCGAUCUCCUUCCCAUCCAGAUGGACCCUCAGUCCAAGGCCAUCACCUCGCAAAAAGCGUCGCGCUCUCUCGCCGCCGAACUUGAAGCUCUCAACACACUCCACCGCUCUCUCCUUACCAUCGAGCACCCUUCAGGCGCACCCCCACCUCCCGUGCCCGUCAACCCCAAGCGCACUGCCAACGUGACCAAGCUCCGCGACUCUGGCAACAACGAAUACCGCAAGGGCAAGUUCCCCGAGGCCAUCAAGUUCUACACUCUGGGUGUCCAGAUGGCCAUGCAGCGCCCCAUGUGGGAGCCCGCUGCGCUCGUGCGGGAGGAGAUCAGCGGACUGCUUGCCAACCGAGCGCAGGCGCACAUGGCGAUGCAGAACUGGGCUGAGGGUGCCGUGGAUGCGCAUGCGAGCGUCGAGGCACGCUGGGUCGGAAAUGCAAAGGCUUGGUGGAGAAGAGGAAGAUGCUUGGCCGAGAUGGGCAGAUUUGAAGAGGCCAGGGACUGGAUUAGGAGGGGACUAGAGGUUGAGGGUGAGGAGGGAGAGCUGGUGCAGCUAUUGAGGGAGAUCGAGGAAAGGAUUGAGAAGCAGCAGGGUUAA